CUCCUCUUCAGCAUUCUAAGUGAUUUUUUUCCCCAUAUUGUGUUAGAAACAAAAAUAUGAAUCUCGUUCUUCUUAUCUGUGUCAUUCUUUUCUCAGGUUUUGAAGCUGAGGCCUUAUCCUAUGAUUACAGUGCCAGCGUUGACUGUUUGGCACAUCCACAGAAGCCUCUGUACAAUGGAGGAAUCAUCCAAAACCCUGAACUGAACAAUGGACUUCAAGGGUGGACUGCAUUUGGGGGUGCAAUAAUAGAACAUAGAGAAUCAUUAGGCAACAAAUAUGUGGUAGCCCAUAGCAGAAAUCAAAUAGAAGAUAGUGUCUCCCAGAAGAUUUACCUGAAAAAGGAUAUGCACUAUGCUUUGUCAGCUUGGAUACAAGUGAGUGGGGAAAGUGUUCCCGUAACAGCAGUUGUCAAAACAACUACAACAUCCAAAUUUGCUGGUAUAGUUUCUGCCGAGUCUAAUUGUUGGUCUAUGCUUAAGGGUGGUCUCACAGCGGAUACAUCAGGGCCAGCUGAGCUCUAUUUUGAGAGCAACAGUACUUCUGCUGAUAUUUUGAUAGACAACGUUUCGUUACAACCAUUCACAGAUGAGGAAUGGAGGUCUCAUCAAACUCAAAGCAUUGAGAAGGCUCGUAAAAGGAAAGUUCUAAUUCGAGCAGUUGAUGAACAAGGAAAACCUUUACGAAAUGCAACCAUAUCUUUAAAACAGAACAGGCUAGGCUUUCCAUUUGGGAGUGCCAUAAGCGGUGACAUCCUGAACAACACACUAUACCAGAACUGGAUCACCUCUAGAUUCACUGUCACCACAUUCUCAAACGAAAUGAAGUGGUACAGCACCGAAAACACGCGAGGCAGUGAGUACUACGCGGUUGCCGAUGCCAUGUUGCAGUUUGCAAAGCAACACAACAUUGCUGUCAGAGGCCACAACAUAUUUUGGGAUGAUCCUAAGUACCAACCUAGUUGGGUUCCUUCACUUCCAACAAACGAGCUUAAUGAUGCAGUGGAAAGGAGGGUGACAUCUGUUGUGUCGAGAUAUAGGGGCCAGCUUAUUGCUUGGGAUGUUGUGAAUGAAAAUCUGCACUUUUCGUUCUUUGAGGAUAAACUUGGACAAACUUUUUCUGCCAAGAUGUUUAAUGAGGCUCACAGAAUUGAUGCACAAGUCCCUUUGUAUUUGAAUGAGUAUAAUACCAUUGAGGAUAGGAGGGAUGGUACUUCAGCCCCAUCAAAGUACAUCCAGAAGCUCAGACAGAUCCAAAGCUAUCCUGGGAAUGGAGGACUGCCAUUUGGAAUUGGGCUUGAAGCCCAUUUCCCUGCUGUGGGUCUUAACCUUCCUUACAUGAGAGCUUCCAUUGAUACUCUUGCUGCCACUGGUUACCCGGUUUGGAUUACAGAAAUAGAUGUUGAAAAUCAACCUAAGCAGACACAGGUCUUCGAGAUUGUUCUUAGAGAGGCGCACGCACACCCAAAGGUUAGGGGUAUUGUGAUGUGGACAGCACCGUCACCACAAGGUUGCUAUAGGACUUGUUUGGUAGAUAAAAAUUUCAAGAACUUGCCUGCAGGUAAUGUUGUGGACAAGCUUAUUAAUGAGUGGAGUUCAGGCAAAUUAUCAGGGACAACAGAUCAAAACGGGCUUCUUGAGGCCUCUCUUUUGCAUGGGGACUAUGAAGUAAAAAUCACUCACCCUCUCAAGAAGAAUUACACUUUCACACAGAAGGUGGAAGUGACUCCAACAGAUGACUUCAAGAACACAAAAAAAUUUGUACAACUUUUUAUGAAGUAGUUACUUCUGUAUAUUCAACUUUAUGUUUAUAAUAGAAAAAUUUCCAAUCGAUCUUU